UUUGAUGGCUGUCGGUCGUCGGGCACAUAUCUUCUUCGUACAAUUGCGUAUAACCAUCGCGUUCCCCAGAGGUUCUUUUUUGUCUUUUUCCCCCAGAGUGCUAUUUUGUUUUUAAGAAAAAAGUAAUCAUCCGUGAGUGGCGACAGUUCGAGUUCUUUAUCGGCAGCAAAAACCAAUCGCGAGUGAUUCGUGCAAGUGUUUCCUCCAAUAGUUGAAAAUGUAGCGGUGUUAUUUCAGGCUCAAGUUUCACAAAAGAAAAACGGGAAGAAAAUUUGCAUCAAAGAUUUUCUGUUCGAUGCGUGCUGGAUGUGAGCCUGUGUGCGUGUGUAUUCCUGUGCCUACUUUGCGUUGCCAAAGGCAAAAAGAGUCGGGGCUUCUGGUUGAAACGAGUGAAACAUAAAGAAGCGAAGGAAAAUGUCAACAUCGGAGAGAGUGGAAUGGGUGGAAAUCAUCGAACCUCGCACCAAGGAGCACAUGUAUGCUAAUCUGACGACAGGCGAAUGCGUCUGGGACCCACCAGAGGGCGUCAACAUCAAGCGCACGGAUGCGUCCCAGUGGUGGGAACUGUUUGACACCAACACCUGUCGGUUCUACUACUACAAUGUGGCCUCGCAGAAAACCGUCUGGCAUAGGCCACAAAACUGUGAUAUAAUCCCGUUGGCGAAGCUGCAAACACUAAAGCAGAACACCGACCCGGGUGAUCGGAAGGAUGGCCAUGGCUCGACCGUUGGUACCCUGCAACAUCACGGCGGAGCCAAGCAUCACAGCAGCAGCGGCGGCGGCGGCGGUUCAGGAACGGUGGGCAAAUCAUGCGGGCACCGAACGGGAACGGGAGUGAUGGACUAUCGGGAUCGAGAUCAUCAUCGGAGCUCUAGCUCAGGACACCGCAGUGGUAGCGGUCACGACAAACGCAGCAGCAGUGAUCUCCUCUCAAGCCCCCAGGGGAGACACAGUUUACAGCACAGACUGCCACCCAAAACCACCGCCACUGAUGCAGGGUUUUUGAUGGGCCGCAACAUUGCGGGCGAAUCGCAUAAAUUUUGCAGGCACGGCCAUCCAAACGCCGCGGGGGGUACGUCUUCCCGCAGCAGCCAGAAGUAUCUGGACUCUGGUAAGUCCAGCGAUAGCAGUUUGUCCAGUGCGCAUGGCUACCACCGGCGCAUGCAGGACGGUGGCAGCCUGCGAAUCGGCACAGGAAUACAGGGCAAAAAGUAUGCUGGUUCCGCCGGGGACAACUGCUACCGGAUGCUGCAGGAAAGCUCUAGCUCGCACAACAUUCCACAUUCGGUACCGUCGUCAUCAACCGAGAAGCUAGGUAUCGCCUCAAUGCAUCAUUCUCCACUUCCACCACCACAUCAGAUGCUAUCUUAUUCGAUGUCAAACUCGUCCGAUCUGGCUGGUGGAGGGAACCUAUCGUCACCAUCCCACUCGAUGAGUACGCCGCAGUUCAAAAAAAAAAUCAUCCACGAGAGCAACCUGGGAGUCAAAUCAGGCAUCGCUGCCAGCAAAGAUGGAAGCGCCUUAGUGUCGAAGCAUGAAAGUUUCGAUUUUUCGGGUAAUCCUCCCUCGUCAAUCGGUCUUACACGCUCUGGAAGCUUUCUCUCGUCAGCUGGUAUAACGUCCGCUGGACCGAUGGCUGGCACUCCAGUUACUUCGCGGCCAUAUCACCACCAUCAGUCGUCACAGCCGGGACCUCAACAGCACCUGCCAGCCUCUCAUCCUCGGAAGGGUAGCUUCGAUGGAAACAAUGGCGGAGCCAGUGACGAUUCCAUGCACGAAAAGUACUUCAAAUCGGUGGAAAACACUCCAAUUUCACGAAGGCGCCAUACGACCACAUCCUCGUCGAAAUCUUCAUCCGCACAACAAAAACACUCGAGCGACUCUAGUCCGCAGAGUCCUAUUAGUCCACAGCAGCAUCAGAAGAAUCAGAGGCCAUCAGCGCUAGCAGUGGAACCCCCGCAGGGCCCCACUAACACCGGCGGAUAUAACAAAUCUAGUCAGAAAAGUAACGAUUCCGAGUUGUUCAAUCUGGACAUAACCAGCAAGCCGGAGAAAUAUCUGGACAAGAUGAAAAUCGACAAGGGCAAGGUAUCACCCAGUUCGAUCUCGAUGGGAGGAGGAAGCACAGCACAAAUUGCCAGCUUACAAAAGACUUCCUCCUCUAGCGGAAAGCUAUCUUCUAGUCAAAAUGAGAUGGCCACAGUGUCGGGUCAAAAGCCCAUCGCCAGCAAGGAUCAGUUUUCACUGAAUCUCAACAAACCAAACCUGGAGAGGCACAACAAAGAAAUGCAGCAAGCACUGGAGAAAAAAUCGGGCUCUGGAUCGACUCAAACUGUGGCAUCGAACAAUUCAUCGUCGCACAACAAGCAACCUCCGGAGAGGAAGAAAAGUAAAAAUCAUAACAAUCAAGGGACAGGGUACGAUUUUGAUUACGACAAUGGCAAUACUUCGCCGUUAUACUGCAAUUGGGAUAAGGAAAAACUCGAGCACCUGCUGCCACUUCAACACUACAUUCUGGAGCAAGCGAAAUUGUCCGGAUGCUACGGUUUCGGCGAGUUUCUCGAUUCGGACUCGUUCCACUCGGACAGCCAAUCGGAGCACUCCUUCUCGGGCCACGAACCCGACAACGAGGAUUCCGACCAUUCUGACGGCCAUGGCGAUUAUUUGUCGCACUAUCCGUACGAAGAGUAUGGUGCGUAUCGCAAGGACGAUGGCGGAGGCGUUUCUUAUUACAAUUUCGAAUUCAACUUUGGCGAUCGAGAGGAAAAGGAGGACAUCUCGGAAGAGGUAACAGCUAAGCUCGAAAGUAUACAGGAUCAGAUCUAUAGUCCCGUGAAGAAUCAUCCACCAUUGCACAAGUAUUCCCCUUUCCAUGCGGCCAAGCAAAGUUUGGAGAGUUCUGGAUUCGGUUCGGACUCGAUAGACCGAGGUGCUUCGGCGGAUAGUAGCCAGGCAAGUUCUCAACAACAGAAAGGAGUCAACAAAGCAACCCUGUUGCAGAGAUUCCAGGAGAAUUUGCUCUCGCACAGUCCCGGGAGCGUGGGCGGUAAUGGGAAGAUUGCAGAAAUGGCUUUGCUAAAAGAGUGCGAUAUAGAAAAGUUUGCGCAGGACAAUUUAAAUUUGCAUUCGAAGGGAAUCUUUCGGAAGAAAUCAUCCAUCCAGGAUAUGUUGAGUUGGACACCGAACGCCAUAAGCCGACCUAUGCUUUCGCUGGCGAGAGACAAGGCCGGUAAGAAGAUGGCGACCGAACUGUUCAAGCUGGUUCAGAUCUACAUGGGCGAUCGGAAGGCUCGGGUUGGGAUGAGUUUGAAUUCGGUGGCGAUUGAUAUAAUCACGAUGGCGAUGGGACAAUCGCAGCUGCGGGACGAGCUGUAUAUCCAAAUGUGCCGUCAAACCACCGAAAAUCCAACCAGAGAUUCGUUGAUACGUGGUUGGGAGCUGAUGGCAAUUUGUCUAUCUUUCGUUCCACCAUCGCCGACAUUCCAGCCGGCCCUUCUCGGGUACAUUAAUAGGCAUCGAGAUCCGUCGUUCGCAACAACCUUUCCGGAGGUUGGCAAAUGGCCGAUCCAUGUACAGAUAUCACACUACGCAACCAUUGCCUGCCGGAGGUUAGACCGGAUAGGUAGUUCCGGUCGAAAACAGGCAAGAAAACCUACUGAGGAAGAUAUUAACCAGGCGCGGGAACAAAUCUUCCGUGACAGCAUGUUUGGCAACACACUUAAUGAGGUUAUGGAGCUGCAGAGCGAUAAAUUCCCCGAUCUACAGUUGCCGUGGAUUCAGACUACGUUGUCCGAACAGGUGUUGCUUCUGAAUGGCAAGCAGACGGAGGGAAUUUUCAGGGUGCCAGCUGAUGUCGACGAGGUUAGUUUGUUAAAGAAUCGUUUGGAUCGAUGGGAGUUCCCGGAAAACAAAGGAACAAUGGAUGCCCAUGCACCUGCAAGUCUGCUGAAGCUGUGGUACCGAGAAUUGUACGAUCCCUUGAUACCUGACGACCUCUACGAUGAUUGUGUUGCUACGGAAGAUCCGAUUGAGGCAGCUGCUAUCGUAGAAAAGUUACCAAAAAUCAAUCGCCUGGUUCUUACUUAUCUAGUGCACUUUUUGCAACAAUUCGCUUUACCGGAUGUGGUCGCCAAUACCAAAAUGGAUUCCUCGAAUUUGGCUAUGGUAUUCGCGCCUAAUCUGCUCCGAUGUCAGUCCCAGGACCCGAAGGUUAUUCUCGAGAACGCGCGCAAAGAGAUGGCGUUCAUGCGUACCCUGAUACAGCACAUGGACACCUCAAGCGUGGCAUAUUUGGUUUGAUUCUUCGUCCUUAUAUCUGUGGUGAAUUCUUCGUAACGUUUAUCGUAACGCUGCCUGGGGGAACCAUUUUACUUAGCUUAUAUCUGGGGAAAAAAUAGUCUUUCAUUUGGAAGGACACCAAAAAAGUCAACCUGUACAGAUUUUGUUUAUUUUAUGAAAUGUAUAUUUUAUUCGUUUUUAUUAGUUACAAAGUUUAUUUAAAAAAACAAUAACGGGUAACCAGUUCUAUACCUUACUGUAUGCAUUGCAAACAAUCGAAUUUAUUUCAAGAUCUCAUCGAAAAGGCUCUCUCGUUAGAGACAAACAUAGUUUUAUCGAAUCCGAAAGCAAACAUCCGAGUUCGACAUUUAUAAUACAACCUUCUCUAAGACUGAUUCGAUAUUUAACACCACUGCACACAGCGAUGCCCAAGGUGCUGAAUUGGAUACUCCGGACUCGUAAUACGUUUCAAAUAGAUUUCACUAUUCUGUUUCAGUUACCCUUACAGAUCGACUAAGUCGCAAACUUUUUUAAUUGUAGAUUUCCAUUGCUGAUGGUGAAAAACAAUAGUUUUGAAUAAAUGAUAGAAAGAAAAUUCACACCUAUACUACUUAAUAUAAAAAGUGCGAAUGUUCACUAUCGAUUAACGUAAUAGUCUCGCUUUCAAUCCUACCCUAAUCAAUAGUUUUUGGGAGAAAACAAUAAUCAUGCUCAAUGUUCGCAAGAUCCGCUUCGAUAUCAAAAUUUAAUACCUGCGGCGAGAACGAAUGAAAGCAUGUUCAUAUUACAACAACAGUAAAAGAUAUGCAACCUUUUUUACCCUGAUAUGAAUCCAUGGAAUUAUCAACGCAACAAACUAUCGAUCCCGAAAGAAUGAUCAUAACAGUCAACUCAUUGUAAGCAUAGAUUUCUUCACAUUACGUUGACUUUUUUGUGUUUCUCGUUCCCAUCGAUUACAUUAUUUUUGUUUGCGUUGGUUUUAGGUUUUAGUACUGUAGACGACUUUUACAAUUUAGAAACGUACCGAAACGCGUAUUCGUCGAAAUCCCGUGAGAAGGGGAAACUAUACCAAAACUGACUUAGCAUAAAUCUUGUUUUUUUCGUAUCCGAUAAGCGUAGGCGAAUGGGAAGAAAGAUUUCUACGCAAUCGAACACAAUUAUUGAGAAUCAAUUUCUCCUAAUAACUCACUUUCCUACCGUAUCGAAUAAGUUUUUCUGCUAGCGUGUAAGGAAGGGCUCUUCUCCCUAUUAAAUCUCUUUCUAAACUGUCUCCGUUUGUUCGUUGCUCCGAUUCACUUACGGUUGGGAAAAAGGUAUUAGGUAUUAGACAAAACAGAGUUCAGACAGUUGUUUAUCGAAUUAUCGGAAAAAUAGCUUACAAAUCCAGCAAGGGUUUUAACGGUUCUUGAUUUUAAUUCGCAAUAACCCAAAAAAUAUGAAAAACGAACUAGCAUCAUAGUUAGUACUAGUUAUUGCUAUCUUACAGAGUUCAUUCUAAAAUACACAAACGAAAACGUACGAAAGAGGAUGCAUUGCUGAACGUAGACUUUAGGUCAGCUGUUCGUGCUGUGAGAAGAUGGGAAAGAGACCUAAUAAGGAAGAGCGAAUAAAAAUGAAAAUAGGAAACAACAAAUGUAAAGUUUAUAUAUAUUCGAUCACAAUAAGCUGCAGAACAGAACAGAACAUAAAAGUACGAGCCACGAAAUUUAAUCCUGAGUAAAAUAAAAAUACACAGUUAUUACUAUUGCUAUUAUUUCUUGCAGAAAUUAUGAACUAUCAUCAAUACGGGAUAGAAUUACCGCAACAGAAACAGAACAAAACUUAACACAAAAUACGAGACAACAAAGAUAAAAAAACGUAAAUUAUUAUAAUAAUCUGAGAUAUUGUAUAAUAAUAAAUUAUAUGAGAAAUACACAA